CAGUGUGGAAAGAGUUUUGGAAGAAAAGACGAUCUUAAGAUUCACAUGAGGAUCCACACUGGAGAGAAAACAUUCACAUGCCCUCAGUGUGGGAAGAGUUUCAGCCAAUCAUCAAACCUUAAUCUACACAUGAUGAUUCACACUGGAGAGAAACCAUUCACAUGCCCUCAGUGUGGGAAGAGUUUCAGCCAAUCAUCAAACCUUAAUCUACACAUGAUGAUUCACACUGGAGAGAAACCAUUCACAUGCACUCAGUGUGGGAAGAGUUUCAUCCACUCAUCAUCCCUUAAUCAACACAUGAGGAUCCACACUGGAGAAAAACCAUUCUCAUGCACUCAGUGUGGGAAGAGUUUUGACUGCUCAUCACACCUUAAUAAACACAUGAGGGUCCACACUGGAGAGAAACCAUUCACAUGCACUCAGUGUGGGAAGAGUUUCAGCCAAUCAUCAUCCCUUAAUAAACACAUAAGGAACCACACUAGAGAGAAACCAUUCACAUGCACUCAGUGUGGGAAAAGUUUCAGCCAAUCAUCAUUCCUUAAUCUACACAUGAUGAUUCACACUGGAGAGAAACCAUUCUCAUGCACUCAGUGUGGGAAGAGUUUUGACUGCUCAUCACACCUUAAUAAACACAUGAGGGUCCACCCUGGAGAGAAACCAUUCACAUGCACUCAGUGUGGGAAGAGUUUCAUCAACUCAUCAUCCCUUAAUCAACACAUGAGGAUCCACACUGGAGAGAAACCAUUCACAUGCACUCAAUGUGGGAAGAGAUUCAGCCGAUCAUCAUCCCUUAAAAAACACAUGAGGAUCCACACUAGAGAGAAACCAUUCAUAUGCACUCAGUGUGGGAAGAGUUUUAGCCAAUCAUCAUUCUUUAAUCUACACAUGAUGAUUCACACUGGAGAGAAACCAUUUCCAUGCUCUCAGUGUGGGAAGAGUUUCAUCCGCUCAUCAUCCCUUAAUCUACACAUGAUGAUCCACACUGGAGAAAAAAAACCUUUCACCUGCACUCAGUGUGGGAAGAGAUUCAUCCACUCAUCAUCCCUUAAUCAACACAUGAGGAUCCACACUGGAGAGAAACCAUUCACAUGCACUCAGUGUGGGAAGAGUUUUGACUGCUCAUCACACCUUAAUAAACACAUGAGGGUCCACACUGGAGAGAAACCAUUCACAUGCAGUCAGUGUGGGAAGAGUUUCAGCCAAUCAUCAUCCCUUAAUAAACACAUGAGGAUCCACACUAGAGAAACAACUCCCAUGCACUCAGUGUGCGAAGAGUUUCAGCCAAUCAUCAUCCCUUAAUCUACAAAUGAAGAGCCACACUGGAGAGAAACUAUUCACUUGCACUUAAGCCGCGGUCACACUGGACUUUUCUCCCAUAGACUUCCUCUCAUACAAACAUGAAGGCUUCAGACUGGAAAUACAAGUUUGUGCGUCAAGUUUUGCAGUUCACUGCCUUACAAAGUUCAAGCUUGGUGAACUCUGACCUGCGAAAUCACAUCACCUGACUGUGUAGGACCAAUUGAAGACCAAAACAUGACCUCUCUGGACAGAAAUUUAAAAUAUGGACCAAUCGCUCACUUUUUUUAAUGUCUAAUCAUCUUGUUUAAUCCCGUCCCUUUUUGCAGUGCUGUACAACAGAGUUUUGCUUGCUCAAACUCUAAUGUGACCGCAGCUUCGGUGUGGGAUGAGUUUCAGCAACUUCUCAGACCUUAAUCAGAAUCAGACUGAGCUUUAUUGCCAGGAAUGUUCGCACAUACAAGGAAUUUAUUUUUGUGACAGAGCUUCUACAGUGCAACAGAAUUAUAGAGACAGGACAAUAAGCAGAUAAUAAAUAAAUAUAAAAAAAACAGUAAGUAGUGAAUGCAAAUAUUCAAAUAGACAAGUGUAUGUAGAGCUAUAUUACUAUUACUAUAUUCCUAUAUACAACGUUAUAUGUGCAACUGUUAUGUGCAAAUUGGCAUGUAAAGUGUGUUGUUAAAAAGUGUAAAUGUGAGUGUAUAGCAAGUAGUGAUGUUGGUUCCACAGUUAUUAUUAUUAUCAAGUGUUCGUGAGAUGGAUUGCCUGAGGAAAGAAACGGUUUUUGGGUUGGGCUGUUCUGGUGCGCAUUGCUUUGUAUCGUCAACCAGAUGUUAAAAGUUCAAAGAGGCAGUGUGCUGGGUGUGAGGGGUCCAGAGUAAUUUUUGCAGCCCUUUUUGCUCGCUCUGGAUAAGUACUUCAGGAGUUUGACAGAGGAGUCCUUUGAAGUGCAGUCAUUUGUGUACAGGGAGAAGAGCAAUGGGGAAAGAACACACCUCUAGGGGGUGCCAGUGCUGAUUGUGCAGAUACUGGAUGAGAAUUUUCCAAGCUUCACCAGCUACUGCCUGCCCGUUAGGGAACUGUUGAUCCACUGACAGACAGAGGUGGGCACAGAGAGCGGAGUUAUUUUGGGCAGGAUAAGUUUUGGAAUGAUAGAGUUAAAAGCCGAGCUGAAGUCAACAAACAAGAUCCUCACAUAGGCCAUGGCCUGUCUAGGAGUUGCAGAACAUAAUGCAGUCAUAUAUUGACUGCAUCAUUCACAGACCUGUUUGCUCUGUAGUCAAACUGAAGAGAGUCCAGUGAGGGUUCAGUGAUGUCCUCCAGGUGGGCCAGCACUAGUUUUUCAAAAGACUUUAUGACCACCGAUGUCAGCGCCACCGGUCUGUAGACAUUUAGUCCUCUAAGUUUAGGUUUCUUUGGGAUGGGGAUGAUGGGGUAGCGUUUGAGGCAGGAGAGCACAUCACACAGUUCAAGUGAUCUCUGUUGAAGAUCAGGGUGAAGAUGGGGACCAGUUGGUCAGCACAGGAUUUUAAACAGGCUGGUGUAAUAAAAUCUGGACCUGGUGCUUCUUUCCUCUUGUUUCCUGAAGACCUGGCACACAUAAUCUUCACUGAACUGAAGUGCAGGUAUGGGGUAGGCGUGGGUGAUGGAGGUGUUAAUGGUGGUGUGAAGAGCAGUUUAGAGUGAGUAUGGGGUUUUUUCUUAAACCAGCAGUAAAACUCAUUCAGGUUGUUUGCAAGUAAUUUGUUGUCUACAGUACUGGGGGAUGGUGUCUUGUAGUUUGUGAUGUUUUUUAAGCUUUUCCACACGGAUACUGAGUCGCUGGAAGAGAACUGUCUCCUUAGUUUCUCAGAAUAGUUCCUUUUUGCGACUCAUUUCCUUUUCCAGUGUGUAUUAGACCUGCUUAUACAAGGCCCUCUCCCCAUUCCUGUAUGCAACCUCCUUGGCCUGACGUGGCUGUCUAACUUUUACAGUGAACCACGGUUUGUCGGUGUAUGCGAGUUGAGUCCUGGGAGGAAUGCACCGGUCUUUACAGAAAAUGAUAUAAGAUGUUAUAGUCUCUGUGAGCUCAUCCAGAUCGUUUGCAGCAGCUUCAAAAACACUCCAGUCAGUGAGGUCGAAAAAAACACAUGAAGACCCACACUGGAGAGAAACUAUUCACAUGCACUCAGUGUGGAAAGAGUUUCAACUGAUCAGCAAACCUUAAUGAACACAUAAAGAUCCACACUGGUGUGAAAGAGUAUAUGUGCUUUGAGUGUGAGAAGACUUUUAUUACACCUCCAAAUUUAAAACCACACCAGACGAUUCACACUGGAGAGACCAUACAAGUGUUCAAACUGUGACAAGAGGUUUAAUCAGU